GUCACUCUUUCUGUGUGCGUUCCAAAGCAACAUUUCAAACUAGAAUGGCGACCGCCGUCUGCGGUCUGCAGUCCACCGGCAGCAAACCAGCCAAGCUCCACCGAGAGCAACGGAGGAAAGCGAAGGACUCCAGGAGGAGACAGGCGGCCCUGUUGUUCCUCACUAACAUCUCUCUCGACGGACGGCCCCCGUGUCAACUUAAUAAUGGAAAUACAGACCAAACAGCCGGCGAGGAGCUCCGACUCAGGGACAGGGACGGAGGUUCAACGGUCGUGCCCCCGCCGGCGGUUAGCCAGCGGCCGGUCUCCCAGGUGACAGAACCCGGUGCGGCCGGGAGUGGCUCCUACUCCAGUAUCCAGGGGGUGGUCAGUCCGACCCGGCCUUCUUUGGUAAUGUCUCCGGGACCAGCCGGUACAAACGCUGUGGGGGCGAACGAGGUAUUUUUGGAGAGUGGUAGUCUGUCCGAGACGCUCACCCCGGACACCCCUCAGUCCCCUGCGCCCCCCGGACACCAGCCCUGCUCCCGGGUCAGGUCCACGCCCGUCGCGCUGAGUCCAGUAACGACCGGGAACACUGUGGAUUCACGGCAGAGGUUGAGGAAUGUCUCUGGUUCUCCUGGGCCCAAGGUGCCAAAGAAAGUCCACUUCAUCAAGAGCAUGAGGCAGUAUGAUACCAGAGGAUGCAGGAUCGUGCUGAUUUGUGCCAAGCGGUCGCUAUACGCUGCUUUCUCAGUGCUGCCCUAUGGAGAGAGUGCUCACCUCAGUGAGGUGAAGCUGGACGCUCAGAGACAAAGGUUGUCAUCUGUGGUGGCUGCUGACUUACUACCUUCCCUGGAGGGAGUGGAGCUCGGCGCCUGCGGCAAGACGGUGUCGUAUGCUCAGUUUCUCUAUCCCACCAACGCCUUGGUGAGGCAGAAGAGCAGCGGCGGAGCGACGGAGGGCUGCACAAGUCAAACCCCUCAGUCACGUCUCCGUGGCAACGGGCAGAGGAACUUCACCCCUGCUCGUCCAAACAACGGCCUGGCUCAGGAACCGGUUGUAGAGGAGGUGGUGGAGUACGACCCCAACCUGCUCAGUGACCCCCAGUGGCCCUGUGGGAGACACAAGAGGGUCCUGAUAUUUGCAUCAUAUGUGACCACCAUUGUUGAGUACGUGAAACCGUCUGACCUGAAGAAGGACAUGAACGAGACUUUCAGAGAGAAGUUUCCUCACAUCAAGCUGACUCUGAGCAAGAUAAGAAGUCUGAAGAGGGAGAUGCGGGCUGUGAGCGAGGAGUUCGGCCUGCAGCCGGUCACCACGGCGAUGGCUUUUGUUUACUUUGAGAAGCUGGUGCUGCAGGGUCGCCUCAACAAGCAGAACAGGAAGCUGGUGGCGGCUGCGUGCGUGCUGCUGGCUGCAAAGAUCAGCAGUGAUCUGCGGAAGCCAGAAGUCAAACAGCUCAUAGACAAGCUUGAGGAGCGUUUCCGUCUAAACAGGCGAGAGUUGAUCCCCCUCGAGUUCCCGGUGCUGGUUGCCUUGGAGAUGGGACUCUACCUCCCCGAGAGCAAGGUCAUGCCGCAUUACCGCAGACUGGUGCAGCAGGGUUAGACCGGAUCCAGUGAAGCCCGACACUCCGGUGGUUUCAUUAGCAACAUCAGCAGGUGUGUGUGUGUAUGUGUAUGUGUGGAUUGACCAGUAAAUAAGCUGUGGUGUUACUUCUGGUACUAUUUAUUUCUGUCAGUCGUGACUCCCUGUAUGUGAAGAAGACCUUGUUUACACAGAUGUUAUAGAUUUGAUGGCGUGUGUGUUUCUGAGUGUGUGUCUGUGCCGUUCUGAUGUUGAUGCAGUCCUGAGCUCUAUGUUAGAGAAGGUCUCUGAGCACAUUAAUGGUGCUUUUAUUUUGGUAUCUUGGUACGUCCUUUCACUCUUCAUACAUAUUUAACUAAAGUGAGUGCUGUGAUUUCUGUGUGUGAAACUCUUCACCUGCACCUUCAUGUUGACUAUACACACUCAGUCUGUAUAGUAUUUAUUCUAAAGACAAAGAACUCUGUUGACUUUUGUAAUCGCCUUCUGAAGCCACUGUGACACGGACACGUUUUCAGCGUUUUUAUACUGAAACAUGACACUGUAGAUGACCGUGGCUGGGAAAAUGUGAUACUCGGUAGUUACUACAAAUGGAAGAGGCCUUUUUAAUUUAUGCUGAUGUAAUAUUUGUACUUUUGUGCCAAAAAACCUGCAGCCACAUUUAUGUAUUUAUCUUGUUCUUGAAUCAAACGUUCACACUCCUGUGGCUGCUCUGUGAUCAGACGUUGUCGGUGUACAGAGUGAACACAGUUACGUUAUGGAGGACUGUGGAGGCAUGUUGUAUUGUUGUUGUGUUUUAUGAUGUUACCCAGGGAUAUUUCUUUUUGUAAAAUGCACUGGAAGAGUCGUCAAAUAUUCAGUUCUCAGGAAUUUUACUUUCUCUUGUCUUUGAAUGUCUCAUCGUCAUACUGUAUCUAACCCAAAGAGAUGUUUAAAGUAGGGAUGCACUGAUCCUACAUUGUCACUAUAUGUACCAAUCUCUGCACCAUGGGUAGCUGUUCAUACUGAGAACAGAUCCAAAUGAAGUGUUUAACCUAAUGACUAUCAGCAUGGAGAGACUGGGGACUAGGGUUGCAAAAUUCUGGGAAUUUUCAAAGUUGGAAACUUUCCAUGGGAACUAACAGGAAUAAACCAGGAAUUGACUAAAUUGAAGGUUGUCUCUUAAUAGGGAAUUUAAAUACAGUCGGGGGAAAUAUAUUUCAGCAUACUCCUGACUAAAGUUAUAUAUUUUUGGGGCUUUUUGCCUUUAUUAUAUAGGACAGCUGAAGAGAGACAGGAAGUGUGGGGAGUAGAGAGUGGGGGAAGACAUUUAGGAAAUGGUCAACUGGUCGGGAAUCGAACCAGCGACCCCUGCGAUGAGGACUGUGGCCUCUGUAUGUGGGGCGCUUAGACCACUAGGCCACCAGCGCCCCUAAUCCUGACUAAAACAACCAGAUUUCAUGUAAGUACAGUUGAAUAUCUAUGCUGUUCCUCAAUCACAUGCACAUAGCACACUGCUUACAGCAGGGCUAUUGAGACCACGCCCCCUACAUGCACUGUGCAUUCCUCCAUCACAUGCACAGAUGAUUUCUAUGAUCCUGGACCACACUUUUGAGCCCAGAGCACAAGACUAUUGAAGCCACACAUUUGAGCCUGUGGACUACACAAAGUGAAGUCAGUUUUGAUAUUAUGUGGUAAUAUAUUGAACAAAUUUGAUGUAUGGUACUAAUGUUUAACUUACAAUUAUCAAAUUGAAUUGUAUUAUUUUGGAUGGAUGUCUGCUUAUAACAAAACAAAUAUUUAUCCUUGGAUAUACCUUUCCAUUAAACUACCCUCAAUUUCCAGUUAAUUCCCAUAAAAAGUUUACAAUUUGGAAUAAUUCCAAACUUCCCCAGCUUAACUUCCCAUGGAAAUUUACCAGAAACUUUCCACCCCUUUGCAAACCUACUGGGGACAUCUUUACAACCUCAGGCUGGAACUCAGCUCAGCAUUGACUGGAUUGUAUUAUAAUGAUCAUUUUACACCAGCAAAUAAAAAAAAAAUCUUCUGCAUAAGUAUAAAACUGAAGUGCAGCAGGUAACUGACAUCAGAGAGUUCAGUUUAAAUUUCAAAAGAAUAAGAGAGCACUGAAUUGAAAAACUAUGUCCUCAUUAUACCUGAUUCAGCUUUUAAAUGGAUCGUGUUGAGUGAAGAGUCAGUGCAUCCCCGGUUUAAAAGUUGUAACUGUAGCUCUCAUAUCACUGUCAUCAUCUCUGCUUCAUUACACAUCAGUGAAAGAUAACCGACUGUGAUGCUUUGACAGAACACGUCUCUCAAAGUAUGUGAGGAGAUGUUGAGGUUGCCUUUAAAAGAAGUGCCAGACGGUCUUUCUUUGGAUGCUGUGAGGCGUUUGAAGUAUGGGGGGCGAACAGUGCCUGAAACUACAGCGGGCAGCGAAUCAGUUGAAACCGCGUCAUCAUCUGUGAUAUUUUGCGUUGACAUUUCUCUGCUGCUGUCCAGAUCUCUAAAUGUUUAUCUCGUCUGGGAGAGAUUACUGCAGGCUGCGAUGGUGAUUCAGUUUAAUGUGUGUGUGUGUCUGCAGUGGUGAAACAUGUAACGCAAUAAACGUCCAAACAGAUCUGUAAGCGCACAAAAUGUUCUAAGUGUACGGUUGGUGUCAAAUGGUGAAUGUUCAUUGUUUUCAUACUGUUAAAUGAAUGUUUUUCAAAUAUAUUUUUAAGACACUGAAAA